ACGGAAACCAAAGCCAAGGUCGUCAGCGAUGUAAACAAAUGACUUUUGGACUGUUAAUAGUAGUGAAAAAUAAACAGAUAAAUUGACAAGCUAAGCGUUUUAUUGUUGGUCAGUCUCAUUACGGUUUGUAUAUUUACUCGAUUAUAAGUAAUCGCAAAACAUUAUCAUAUGCAAAGCUGCUGUUUUUUGUCUAAAUAAGUUCGAAAAUAUUGCCCGGGGUUGUGAUGCAUUGCCUUGAAUGUAUGACAACUCAUCCCAAAGACAACUAACUCAUCCCAAGACCACUCGGCUCAAUAGAAGACAACCCAUCCCAAAGAUAGGAGACCACUCAUCCCAAGAAAAUGGAACAAGAGAAUGAGAUGAAGUCUGAGUUUCACACAGUCACUGGUUGUGUUACUCAUGUUUUAAAGUUUGGAGAAAUUCCAAAAUUGAAAUCUAAAUCUAAAUUCCUCUUCUUUGUCAUACCAGGUAAUCCUGGAGUUAUAGAAUAUUAUGAAGAAUUUAUGAGACAUCUGUAUCACCGAAGUAACAAUAAAAUACCUGUAUGGGGAAUGUCUUACGCUGGUCAUGUCUCUAUUGGUAAUGAUGGAACCGGUUUUACUGAAUUAGUAAAACAACCACCUGAAGAAUGUACUUUACUAGGGCAAAUCAGACAUAAGCUUGCAUUUAUACAAGAAUGUAUACCAGAAGAUAUAAAACUUAUUCUCAUUGGUCACUCUAUCGGAUGUUACAUGAUUUUACGAUUGUUGAAAUACCUCCCUAAACAUCAAGUCUUACGAUGUUUCUUAUUGUUUCCGACAAUCGAACGAAUGGCAUUAUCCCCUCGAGGUCAAAUCAUUACGCCCCUCCUGCAUUAUUUACGCUGGGUGUGUGUUUGGUUCGUAAAGGCUGUGUCCUAUCUCAGUCCCCAGAUGCAAUAUCGAAUUAUAUUAAGGAUUUUUAAAGGAAAUACAGUCCCCGAAUGUGCGCUGAAUGCGACAAUGAAUUUGUUUGAUCCGGCUUGUGUAAAUCACAUUACUUAUCUCGCACGUGAUGAAAUGGACAUGGUUACUGAUUUGGAUCAGGAUCUAAUCCGAAACAAUAUUUCAAAGUUAAGUUUUUAUUACGGAGCAGAGGAUCAUUGGUGUCCUAAGGAAUAUUGUUAUGAAAUGAAGAGGAAUUUCCCCCACGCAGAUAUUCGUCUUUGUGAUAAAAACUACGCUCAUGCAUUUGUACUGAACUCUAGUCAAGAAAUGAGUAAAAUUGUUUGGGAAUGGAUUCAGAAAGAUUUACAUCACAAGGCAGAUUAAAGUGGUAGUGACCCUAGACACAUUAAGUGUAGUUUUGUUAUAGAUACAUAUAGCUUAUCUCGCAAAAAGUUUUCAACUGAUUCUGAUAAUGUUUUUGUUAAUUUUCUUAAUGUGUGGAAGUAUUGGGAAGAGAUUUGAUUGAGUCAUUUUGUUUUUUUAUAAAGAGCAGGUCACUGUUUUCUAGUAUCUUCCAAAGAAAUGUGACAGUCUAUCUAUCUGUCUAUAUAUCUGCAUUUAAUCCUAAUUUCAAUCAAAAGUACUCUUUUUAAUAUGAUUGGAUCUCUUUAAUUUGGGUCAAAAAUAAAUUGUCCAUUUUAUUGCAUGUUAUAUUUUGAUUUCUUUUGAGGGAUGACAAUCUGUCUUCCAAGCUAAGAAUGGAAUUAAAAUUACAAAUUUGUAAAUGAGCCUGCUUGAUCUUUAAAACAAAAAUUUAAGCGCAUCCAUCAUCAUUAAUCAAAAUAGCACAUCAAAUCGACCCAAUUUAUUACAUUAUCUAUUCAUCUCAAUUAUUUUUAUAUGGGUAAUGGAUUUACUUUAAAUAAUUAGUUUAUACUAAUUCUUUUUUGUAUUAUUAAAAUAUUUUGUUGUAAUAGAGUAACCAGUUGAAACCUUACACUAGACACAAUAUUGUAGUUUAAAAUAAGCUCAUUUAAAUUUAACAUAUUUUUGUAUCUUAUAAAAAUAAACUAAUUUUAAAGGGGGAGUGUGAUUAGAACAGCCUUGUUUUGUUUAUCCUAAUCCUAGUGCUACACCACACCAUAAAUAUUAUGUAUUUUCUGGAACUGUAAAAUGACACACCCUAAAUUAGUUGUUAUGUUGUAUGAGUGUGUACAAGUGGGAAAUAUCACUGUAUUAGAAAUUGGUGAUUUUUCUUCACAAUAUACAGUAAUGUGUCAAGAAUAAAAUUGAAGAAUAAGUUCUUGCUCAUACUCCCCAUUUAACUUUCUAUGUUAUCAGAUUACAUUUUUAUGUACCUGUCAGUAUUAUUUUUGUUGCACAUCUUCCAGUACAUAGCCUAUAUGCAUUUAUAGAUUAAUUGAUAAUACUCCUUUAUUUAACAAACUUUAUUUAUUAUUAAUUAUAGUUUAAAUCUUGUUUUUGUUGCAAGCCUACUUAUAACUAUACCCUGUAGUUUUUGAUAAUACUUUUUUGACAAUUUUAUAUGAACUUAUUAUCAAUUUUAGUUUAAAUUAUUUCUAAUGCUAAUGUAUUUAAAUCUAUUAUUCAACUUGUGACCUAAAAGGCACAACUGUGAGAUAUUAUGAGUAUCCAGCUAACCCUGGAUAUAAAUAAAGAUAAAUGACAAGUGGUGUGAGGAGUUCUGUUAAAAUGAGAAAUCACUGACUCAUGCAUGACAACUGUCACCCACAACUAAGCAGAACAUGAUUUGUAUACUCAGAAGCCUAGUUCUAGUCAACUGUCUAAUAAAUAAUAUAUAUCAUUUAUGA